AUGCUCGACCAUUCAUCCUACCCCCACAUCAUCGACCUCGUAUUCACUUAUGCCCCACACGCCGCUCUCCUCGCCCUGCGUGGCGCCAGCACUGAGUUCUGUGCGCGCGCCGACGCCGUCCUCGCGGAGCACGUUGCUGUCCGGACAAACCCUUCCAACCCAGGCGGGCUGCUCACUAUCACAUCCGUGGUCACCGGCGGGAGGAUCCCGCGCUUGAUGCACUACCAUAAUGGCGACUGUGACACGCUGUCCAUGUUCCAGCUGUCGCCGCCCUUGGCCCUGCGCGUGCCCUCGCUCGACCCAACGCCGUCACAAGUCACCAUCGUCAACAGGCUGUCGACGGCUUUGGAAGGUACGGCCGUCGUCGACCAUGUCGGCGUAGACCUCUUCCCAGCACCGCCAUUAUCCGGCCUUGGGCUGCGCGAUACUCUCGACGCGGUGCGGUACGCGACCUCGCGCAACGUCAAGGCCUUGCGGUACCCAAGUAGCACGACGGUGUUCUUCGACGAUGAGCUGUACGACACCCGCCGGUCUGGCGCGUUCAACGUCAGCGACAGUGUCACCAUGGGCAAGGUCGUGUUCAACAUUCCCUUUGACGACAACGGGGACAUUGUGUUCCAGAAGAGCUUCAUGGUGCCUGACAUCAACACCGUCUCGGAGCUCGUGGUCAUCUUCACCCACGACAAGCGGUACACCUACUCGCCGACGGGCGACUCGCCCUCGCGCACCACCAUCCCCGGGUACCGCUCCCUCUUCCCCGCGACGGAGAUCUUCACCCACCUGGCCAUGAAGGUGCUGCAGUCGUCCGCUGCCAUGCCCACGACCGUCGUCGGCGCCGACCUACUGCGCGGGCACACGCACGCCUACUCUGGCGGCGGGAACCACUCGCACGCGCCCGUCGUCCACCCAGACGACCCCGAGGCCGCGAUCCGGUACCAUGCGGUGGAGACGAGCAAGGCCGGGCGCGAAUUUCCGACGCGCAACCACCCCUUGGCGGAGGUGGCUGGGUGGGAGGAUGCGCGCAUCGAGGAGGCAGCGCAGAGUGUGCGGUUUGUCACCAGGGAGGCGUAUAGGAAGAUUGUGGGUGGCAAGCAGUUUGAGUUGGAGACCGUGGGGCCGGUGUAG